CUGUCCCUUACGAGAGAUGCCACGGAUUCGGAUAGCUCGUGCUCGACACACGGUCGUCCGCAGUUCAUGUUUGUUUGGCUUGCUAGAUGCUUAUUCGGCUGAUGUGCCCAUGUGAGCAUUCGCGCCUGUUCUGGUUCGUGUAGGCGUUACGUCUGUGUCCAGCAAGAGCAGAUGAAUCUAGCGCGACAGCCUUUUGAGCCAGGGCUGGCUGAGUCCGAUAUCGCGCCGCGGAAGCUUCGUUUCCAAGGCGUCCUUCACGUUGCGCGUCUUGACCUGGCAACUCCACGCGACGCGGAGGGGGCGACGACCCAUCGACAGCGAUGGGCCAGGUGUGCUGCACGCUGGAUGGGGAGCCCACGGACGCGCUGGAGGCCGGCAGGGUGAAGAUGGUGCCGGCCGCCGACGAGCGGCGGGACUCCCUGGAGGAGUGCCUCGUCGCCGCCGCGGGGUGCGCCGGCCCGACGUGCGCGAGCUACUUCGACCGCGAGGCCCCGGAGCUGCCCCGGGUGCCCGCGGCCAAGGGGCCGCUCGGGGCGCACACGUUCGCCACGGGCGCCACCUACUUCGGGCAGUGGGCGGGCAGCGCCAGGCACGGCUUUGGCGUCAUCGUCUGGCCCGACGGGGCCCGGUACGAGGGUCAGUGGCGGGACAACAAGGCCCACGGUGUCGGCCGCUUCACUCACUGCGACGGCGAUUCGUACACGGGGGAGUGGGAGUCCAAUGUUGCGCACGGGAAGGGUACCUACCACCACAAGGAUCUCACCAGUUACUGCGGCGAGUGGGUCUGGGAUUUGCAGGAGGGGUACGGAGUGGAGACGUGGGCGGAGGGCACGCGAUACGAGGGCCACUUCCGCAGCGGCCAGAAGCAGGGCCACGGCAUCUACUUCUGGCCGGACGGGUCUCAGUACCGGGGCACCUGGGAGGCGAACACCAUCAACGGGCAUGGCGUGUACAGUGGGAGCGACGGCCGCACCUACAAGGGCACGUGGCACGAUUCCGUGAUCCACGGCCGCGGCAUUUACUGCUGGCCCAAUGGCCGCGAGUAUUCGGGCGAGUACCAGUUCGACCAGAAGGACGGCUUCGGGGUAUUCAGGUGGCCGGACGGCCGGAGGUACGAGGGCUUCUGGUCGAACGGGCAACAGCAUGGGCACGGUCGUUCGAUCCUGAAGGACGGCACUGUGAAGCUGGCCGCAUGGCGUGGCGGCACGCAUGUAAGGCUGGCUCCAGCGGAGCAAAAUUGACGAUUGUAUGUUCUGAGUGGCCGCCUCCAUGCAGGAGGAGGGGGAAGAGUCGGAAGAGGAUAAGCCUGGUAGCCUGGUGGCCUAGCUUGGUUCAGGCUUCGCAGCUCCUGACGAGCACGGGGGAGGGAAGAGAGUAAUCGGGCUUGGGUCCUUCAUCCUUUUCUCCUCCUCCUCCUCCUCCUCCUCCUCCUCCU